AUGAGCGAAUUCCCAACCGCAUUCCGCGCAGCUCAAGUCCUAGGCUUGACAGGCGCCGCCUGGCUCUCAGGCAACAUAUUCUCCGCAAGCCUUCUCACCACCCCGGCCCUCCUCCAAUCCCUCCGCGAAAAACAAGUCACCCCGUCCACCGCCGCCAAAAUCUGGGCCAACUUGUACAAUAACGGCAAGACGCAGAACCCGCCCGUCGCGGUCGCGACCGCCGCAGUCCUCUUCUACCUAUCCUGGUCUGUCCGCGAGGGAACGGCAUUGUCGCUGUUGGCGGCGCGGAACAGUAGUUCGUUGUAUGCUGUCUCGGGGGCAUUGGUCCUGGGCAUUGUUCCGUUUACGCUUGGGGUUAUGAUGGGAACGAAUCGGUCGCUGCAGGCGGAAGUGGGGGCCAAGGAUGAACUGGAGGCGACGAGGACGGAGGUUGAGUCGCUUUUGGAGAGAUGGGGGGUGUUGAAUGCUCUGAGGGGAGGGUUGCCUUUGGUUGGGGCGGUGGUUGCGGUGCUUGCUGCGUUUCCUUGA